AAGUAGAACAUUCCGAAAGACGUUUGUGUGGGAAGCCUGUCCUUGUUGGACUUUUCCCCUCUCUUCUUCUCCCGUUUCUAAAAUCUGUGUGUUUCCUUUGUAUGUGUAUUUCCUUUUGUUUUGUGGGUAAACGACAUGUCGGAUUGAGCAAAUUCCGAACACCAGAAAACGCAAAAACUCCGACGACGAUACGAACGUACAGGUCGGAGGCGGAGCUUCUGUUUUUGGAUUACGGUGUCGUUUCGAUCAAGAGAUUGAAUUGACUGGGUGGCGAUUUCUCGUGAGAUUUUACUGAGAGAUGGAUUCGGUAAAACAGUCAGCUGUAUCGUCGAAAAAGAGCAAACUAGCUCGUACUUUUGCGAAAGUUCUUCACAUUCGAAUGCUGACUGGAGUGUCCGCGGUGGAUGGAGUUGAGAAAGGUAAACGGAGGACGGUGGUUAAGAAUAAUAAUGGUGCAGCGGAUAGUGAAUCGGAUUCGUUUGAUUGCAGUGAUGAAGAUCAGCAAGAGAGAGGUGCAAUGGAGGCAUUCCUUGCAAAAGUGUUUGCUAACAUUACAGCUUUGAAAGCUGCUUAUGCUCAAUUACAAUAUGCACAAUGUCCAUUUGAUGUUGAUGGGAUUCAAGUUGCAGAUCGAAGUAUCGUGUCGGAGUUGAAGAGUUUGUCGGAACUUAAACGAUGUUUUGUCAAGAAACAGUUUGAUCUUCUUCUGCCCGAAACCGCAAUGUUGUCAGCGGAACUUGUGGAGCAAAAGAGUGUUGUGAAAAUGUAUGAAAUUUCAGUGAAGAAGCUGAACUCUCAGGUGAGACUUAAGGAGUCUGAGAUUAUAUUUCUCAAGGAGAAGUUGGAGGAAGCCAAGAGCAACAAUAAGGUUCUAGAGAAGAGGAUGAAUCAAAGCGGGCCACUCCAAAACCUUCACCUUUCUGCUAUAAACUCCAAUCACUUGGCUCGUGUUCUUCGGCAUACGGUUAAAACCGUUAGAAGUUUUGUCCAACUGUUGAUCGACGAGAUGAAGUGUGGUGGUUGGGAUAUUGAUGAAGCUGCCUCUACAAUUGAACCCGACAUAGUUUACUUCAAAGAAGAACAUAAAUGUUUCGCUUUCGAGGCGUUCGUAUGCCGAGUUAUGUUCGAGGGCUUCCAUUUCCCCAACUUUGCUCUUCCGAACGAGUCUCUACCACCCGACAAGAAGCAGCAGACAAAGCUAUACUUGAGGAGGUUCGCCGAAACGAAAUCAUUAAAAUCCAAACAACUCCUUGGACAUGGCCACGAACCCAACUCCACAUUCGCCAAGUUCUGCCGCGUCAAGUAUCUGCAGCUGAUACACCCAAAAAUGGAGUCGUCCUUCUUUGGGAAUCUGAGCCAAAGAAGCCUGGUGAGUUCAGGUAAAAUCCCAGAGACUGCAUUCUUUGCCAGGUUUGCAGAUAUGGCUAGAUGGGUGUGGCUCCUCCAUUGCUUAGCCUUUUCCUUCGAACCCGAGGCGUCCAUCUUUCGAGUAAACAACGGAUGUCGGUUCAAUGACGUCUACAUGAAAGGCGUAACCGAAGAAGUCUUCAUCCUUUCCACACAACCCGACCUCCGAGUGGCGUUCACCGUCGUACCGGGUUUCUACAUUGGUAAAACUGUAAUACAAUCCCUAGUUUACCUCUCUCAACAACAACAAACAUCAUGUUAACCUGUCCACACAAAAACAGAGGUAAGGUUAUAAAGUAGUUACUCUGUUCAAAAAAAAAAAAAAAAACAAUGAAAUUCUUCUUACAGGAUUAGUUAAAUUUACAAUUAUCUGGUGGGGGUUAAAUAUGAAAGGUAAAAAACUUGAAACCAAAGUAGUAGUAGUAGAAUCUAUUGUGUUCUGUUAGGUGGGGGGAUAAAAAACAAAAAGAUUAAAAUUUUGUUGUUUUUGUUUCUUU